CAGGGACCUGCUGCAAUACCCGGCAUACCAGGUCUGCCUGGCCCAGUUGGACCGAUGGGGCCGUACGGUCAGCCGGGGUCAAAUGGCGAUGCAGGUCAGCAAGGUGAGAUUGGCCCUAUUGGACCUAUGGGUGAUCGGGGAGCACCUGGGAACACUGGGUUUAAAGGUGAUGAUGGAAUUGGUCUGCCCGGCAAAAUAGGUCCGAGAGGGCUACCUGGUGUUGUCGGAGGAACCGGGGAAACUGGUGUCAAAGGUCAGAAGGGUGAGCUAGGGGAGACAGCAGACGACUCCAACAAGCGGGUGGCAUUCACCGUGGUGAGGACGAGCACCUCGGAUACCUCUACGAGUCAAGACACCCGUCUGCCCUUCCAGCAGGCCGAGACGCUUCUGCCAGGUACCAGCUUCGAUCUCGAGACCGGCACGUUCACAUGUAGUGUGCCGGGCACCUACGUAUUUACGUUCUCUGUUCUUAAGUAUAGCACCGGCGGUUACCUUUACAUCCAUCUUGUUAAAAAUAACUACAAGGUGAUCACUACCUAUGAUACAUCAAAUCAACUUGGUCAGUUGUCUGGUAGCGCGGUAAUGGUCCUGCAGCGAGGAGACUCGGUGUAUCUUACCAUGUCCGGUAGGGCGCACAGUACUCCGAAUUAUCACUACACCUCAUUCAGUGGCUUCCUC